AUGGCCCUCCUCGACUCUUCCCUCGGCUCGAUCCUAAUUGGCGUCAUGCUCUCCCUUCUAUUGUAUGGAAUCGUGCUUUCUCAAGCCUACACUUACUAUCAACAGCUGCAUAUCGUUUCCGAUAGGCUUACGGUGAAAAUAGUGGUGAGUGCAAUUGUGGAAGGAUUCCAUACGGCUCUGGUCUGCGCUUACAUCUACUCGACCGUGGUCACCAAUUUCGGGAACCUUGUGAAUAUCGAGCUUGCUCAGUGGACUCUGGCAUACUCACAGCCUGUGGCGAGCUUGGCGAUAGGCUUUGUUCAAGCAUUUUUCGCAUGGCGGGUCCGCUGCGUCUCGCAACAUUGGCCUAUAACGAUUAUCUCGUGGACAGGCUCAGCCGUCCGUUUAGGUUCUGCAUUCGCAAUAGCUAUUGUGUCGCACAAGAUUGGCGUACUUCCUAUAUUCCUCGAGCAUCAUCGAUGGAUAUUGACGAUUUGUCUGAGCACUGGUGCGGGUGUCGAUAUGUUGAACACAGCAGCCCUGUGCUACUAUCUAUGGAAGAGUAGACCAGAAAUAACCAAGUCCAAGAGAAUGGUGGAGACGCUCAUUUUGUGGACUAUAGGUUCGUCUGUAUCAUUGAAUCUGGAUAUUCGUUACUUUCGCUCAAUCUCACUGCCACAUUCUACAGAAACGGGGGCCUUGACAUGGUGA